CAACAGUCCAUGAGGACGUGCGCAGAUUAAAACGGGGAACCGAGCAGUUUGAAGACCGAGAAACAGGGCAGCAGCCCUCCGGUCUGUGUUGUUCCUGUCCAGUUUAGAAGACAUCGCCGGUACAAUGCCUGAACUAGUGAAGUCUCUGGCCCCAAAGAAGGGCUCCAAGAAGGCGGUGACCGAGGCCCAGGAAGGAGAUGGGAAAAAGCGCAAGUGUAGCCGUAAGGAGAGCUACUCCGUGUACGUGUACAAGGUGCUGAAUCAGGACCACCCGGACCCCGGCAUCUGGUGCAAGGCCAUGGGCAUCAUGAACUCGUUCGGCAGUGACAUCUUGGAGUGCAUCGUGGGAGAAGCGUCGCGCCUGGCGCAUUACAACAAGCGCUCGACCAUCACUUCCAGGGAGAUCCAGACGGCCGUACGUCUGCUGCUGCCCGGGGAGCUGGCCAAGCACGCUGUGUCCGGGGGUACCAAGGCUGUCACCAAGUAUACCAGCUCCAAGUAAAUGUUUAUAGCCACUAUUCAGAGCCAUUUCACAUUUUCACAAUCAGAGCUGCGCACUAGCUUGUGCGGUUUCGUGAACUCUGGGAUUUAAAUUAGUGUCAGGGGUAACGCUUAGCAAAGUACUUAAAAAGCAAGAGAUCCUCGGGUGGCAAAUCUGUAUAUGGUUUCUGACAACUGUUCCGCGUACGAGGGUUCCCAACGGCUAAAGUGAACGUGCACUGAAACCACUUAGUGCUAACCCCAAUCCUUGGAGCUCUACGUCACCUUUAUAAAAUUUGUACAGGGUGCUCUCUGGGCUGGAAUCGGUGCUUUGUGAAGCUCUGGUCUUGGUUUUAUGUAAAGCGUCAGGCUGUAACGUCCAGGAGACCACAGUUAUGUUUGAAAAUCCCACCGUCUAAAACCGGAACUGUCUUAGUAUGACUUUGGAGGGUCUUCCGCCUAGGUUCAUUUGUGUGGAUCUAAUUCCUUUUCCUCACACUCCCUCACCCCCAGCGCUUUGCCUAGGGCUUUCAAGUCCUGGCUGAACAUUUUAUCUAAGAUUCUUUACAUGCAUAUUAUAUUGGGUGG